CGUAGUCCAUACGAUACGGGACGGCGAGAUAGACAGUAUCCGGACCUUCUAUCCUUCGUCUCAUCCAGUCAAGAAGACGCCUAACUCACCGUAUUCAGUCUCGAAGGACCUUGUGCCUUUCUUCCGGUUGCAUAAGUCCUCUUGCACGACCCUGUACUCCUGCUGAACACGACGCGAUGUCCCAGCGACCACUGCCUCCUCCUCCCAUCCCUCCAAAAAUCCCCCUCCAUCAGCGCUAUCCGUCAGAGUAUCAAUACCACGAGCAGUACCCACAUACAAUCCCGGAGCACGAACAACAUCCGAGUUUUCAGGAGGAGAGGCCGUUCGAGGAUGCGCAUCAUUACUAUGAGGUUCCGUUUGAUGAGCAUGGGUCGUAUGGCGAGGCAUCAGCACCUGCGCAUCCUAUGCAGAAGCCACUUCCUCCACCACCGCGCCAAGGCUAUGGGCGGAGUUCAGUACACGAUACUAGGGCGGGCUUUCCUGAAGAACGUCUGGAAAGAGAAAGAUCUGUUCAUUUGCAUCCAUUACCCCCAGCCCCAGGCCAUGGACAACACGAAGCAUACGAUAACGACAGCUACAGCUCCGGCCAAACCCCUCAAUUUGAAUAUCCCGCCUACCAAUCUCAACCUCACUCGCCCCAAUACUCCUCCCCGUUAUCUCCAUCAUAUUCAUUCCGUCUAUCACCUGGGUUACCGAUGCCCAGUUCUCUGAACAAUCCGACAUACCAAUACCCCUCACCAGAGCCACCGAGUCCGGCCGAGAGUACCUACUCAUGGGGAUCUACACCUUCCAAUUCCACCGCUCAAGAAUAUUUGGCGUAUGCGAGAGCGGGGUACACGGGGCAUGAGCACGGGAGGACGCAGCAUAGCUCGUCCUUCUCGUAUGCGGUAGAUGGGAGGACGCAUAUCGGGGCUAUUGGGGCCGUGGGUGCCCCUGGACCAGCACCGCUGAGGGCACACUCGGAUGCCAGUUGGAGACGGCCGCCGCCGCCUCCGCCGCAUAGGAUUGCGCCUGAGACGCCAGGGGAGGUAACACAAGGUGCGAGGAUUGAUCGAUGGGCGACGACAGGGGGGUCCUCCUCGACGGCGGGGGGAACGUUGGGGCCGCGGCCGUCGUUGCCAAUGUCGACUUCUAUGGCCAAACUGGAUUUACCCGAGAUCCCGGGUACCCAAAAACCUCUCUCGUCCGCAGAGUAUAAGUUGUGUACCGAACCCUGGGCCCUCUCCGCCCUCUCCCUCUGGGCGUCCCUGAUCCUCCCGGGCGCCCUCACGCGCAAAGACGUAGAGGCCGCCCUGACGGGGUUGUUUACGCAUACAGUGCCAACGCUGAGUGAGAGAGAGGCGGGGAGAAUGGCGGCCAUGGUGGCGGGAGAGUUUGUCAAGGGGGGUGGGUUGGAGUGCGUAGAUGUUGGGAGUGGGGUUUAUCGGUUUAAUACAAAGGGGGAGGGGGUGGAACAAGGCGUAGUGGCGGGGAUUACGGGGGGUGGGUGUUAUUCGCCAGGUUGUGGGAAGAUGGUCGAUGGAAACUAUCAAAGCCCGGGCAGGUGUUACUCGCCGAGGUGUUCGAGGACGCUGAACAAACUACGGGCGGCUCCUGUGGCGGAGGUGGGUUUGGAGACCGAGAAAGAUUGGGCGACAUUUUAUGGGGUCGAUGUUGAGGAAUUGAAAAAGACGGGGAUCAGUGAGAAGGAAAUCAAGCGGCAAAAUCUGAUCCAUGAGUUGAUUUCGUUUCAGGUCGAUUACGUCGCCAAUCUGAAAAAUAUCCUGAUGGAUCUGUUUCAGACGGAGUUGAUGAGGAGUGUCGGGGUUAUUCCUGGGAAUGAAUUGGAUGGGUUCGUCAGGGCUGUUUUUGGGAAUGUGAGGGCUGUGUAUGAGAUACAUGUCCGGGUUCUUCUUCCACGAUUACAGGCGAGACAAAAGGAGCAGGGUCCUGUGAUUGCAAUGAUUGGGGAUAUCGUACAUGACUUCAUCAACGGUGCUCGUGUGCCGUAUCUGACAUAUGUUCCUGGUCAGCGUACGGCGGAUUAUAAAGUCCGGAGGGAACUGGUGAGGAAUGCCAGGUUCAAGGAGUGGUUGAAAAGAUUUGAGGACGUUAAUAAGGGCAAGAUGAAAAGGUUGGAUUUUUUGGGAUGGCUUCUCAACCCUGUGCAGCACAUUAUGAGGUUUGGUCUCCUUCUUCAGGAUAUCUUGAAAAAGACUGAUGUGUCGAAUCCGGAUUGGGAUCUUUUAGGGAGUGCGGUCGAAGAGGUUGGGGCCCUGACGAGGUUGGCGGAUGCGAAGGUUGAUGUCGUUAGUAAGAAGUUGGAUUUGUACCGGUUGAGUGAUGAGUUGCUCCACCUGUACAAGAACGGGGAAAAGUCGGAUCUGAAAUUGGGGGAGAGCGAGAGACGUAUCCUGCAUCGGGGUGAAUUGCAGAGGCUUAGCCGAAGUGAGCUUGCGUGGCUUCCCAUCCAUGCCAUCUUGUUGGAUAACUAUCUGAUUAUGGCGAAGGCGCAGAAAAAUAACCUAGGAACGGCGUUGGAGAUGCACAAGAAGCCCAUCCCGAUUGAUUUAUUGUCAAUUGAAUACUCCUCUCAGGAAACAGUGAGGAAGUCGAAGCUGGGGAUGAUGGGGUCGACUACGGUGAAGGACUCGGGCCUCCAGAGUCCAACGACGACGACGGGGUUUAGAAGGCCAAGCUUGAAAGGGAAACAUACGCAUUCUGCGAGUACGGUUAGUGAUGAGAGUGAGCACACCUUGCACCGGCCGCAGAUGGUGCACUCCGCUACAGUCAUCCCUGAGAAACCGUUACGCAAGACGGAUAUGGCGCCCUUGGUCACUACGAUCUCCAAUAAGGAAGGUGACCGAACGAUUUAUCCAUUUGCUCUGAAGCAUGCAGGAUGUAAUGGCGGUGAAUUCCAACUAUUCGCGGAGUCGGCUCAGGCAAGGGCGAUCUGGAUUGAGAAGAUUCGGCUAGCAAAGGAGGCGAGGGCAGAGAUGUUGCACAAACAUGCUACUGAGCCGUUUGAUUUGCAUAUUCUCGCGUAUAGACUGUUCCGCCCGCUUCCAACGUUCAACGGAGGAGAAGGAGGCGGACGUGAGAGUAUCUUGGUGAAGGGGAGUAGGGUUGAUCAAGCGGUGAAUGAGGCAAAGGCCAAUGGGACGUAUUCGUCGUCGCAGAACCCACCCAGGGGCCAGCAGAGUAUCACGUGCGCAACUACCUUUAUUGCUCCGGGUGGUGUGAAGCUGUUGGCGUUGGGUACCACGAGUGGGGUUUGGCUCGGUGACCUAGCCAAGUCCGGGAAGACAGUGAGUAAUUGGCGGCAAUGUCUGUCAGUCCCUGCUUCGGUGUGUCAAAUGGCUGCACUUGAGGAGUUUGAGUCCUUUAUUGUAUUGCAUAAGAAUACUGGGGCGGCAAGUUCGCUGCUUGCGUACAAAAUCGAGGAAUUUAUCGCACCGCUGUCGGGUAUCUCGAAGGUGGGACAGAAGUUGAGUACGUCGUCGAAUGACAUUGGGUUCUUUCACGUUACGUUAAUGAAGGAUCGUACCCUGGUCAUUUACAAGAAACGCAAGGGUAUCGAGUCGACUUUCAAGAUGAUGGAGCCCGUUGUGAGUCGGGCGGAGACGAAGAAGAAGCACUGGUAUGGCAAGAACAAGAAUAUGCCAGAGACUUUUCGAGUGUUCGAUGAAUUUUACGUGCCGUCGGAUUGUUUCGGCAUUCAUUGUUUCCAGAAGGUGAUCAGCAUUCGGUGUCCCAAAGGUUUCGAAUUGCUGGGUUUAGAGACAAUGCAUUCGGUUCAGUCUCUUCCAACCAAGGAGACUCUUAAAGAUGAACAGAAGUCCAUCAUCGACGGCAAGCCCCUUGGAAUGUUCAAGCAGGACGACGGCUUUGUUCUGACGUACGAGAAAGGAGCCGUUUACAUUGACAAGUACGGGGGCAUCGCCCAAGGGCGGCCGUACUUCAGAUGGGCCGGUCGCCCCAACAGUGUCACCAUGCACGGCACCUACAUCAUCGCCUUCGCCAGCGACUUCGUGGAGAUCAGAAAUGCGGAGGAUGGACUCCUCCGUCAAAUCAUUCAAGGCCGGAACAUCAAAUGGCUACAAGAAGAGACUGGGAACGAAAAGGAAAAUGUGAUGUUUGUUAUGGAAGAUCCUGAGUUGCGGGGGUACCAGGUUGUGGUGCAGUUGGAUCUGGUGAGGGGAAACAAGUCUUGCGAUACGGAAAUCUAAAUAUUGGGGGAACGGGUUGGUAUCUUUUAGGAUUCGAAGCAUAGGGUAAUGGUUUGGGUUUGGUACGAGUAUUUCUAGCAUUUUUCCAGGUAGCAGAAGGAAAACAUUACACUGCCCAGCGUCGCCG